AUAUGCUCUCAUAUCAUACGUCAACUUUAAAAAACAUUUCUUCUCAUUCGUCCGCUAGCUAGUCCCAGUCUCUCUCUCUCCAUAACUAUGGAUAUCAAAUUUUCUUCACUAGGGUUUCUAAUCUCACUCUUCUUCAUUGUUACUUUUCUUGCACCACAAGUCAAAUCUAGGGCUUUCUUCGUCUUUGGUGACUCUCUCGUCGACAAUGGAAACAAUGAUUACCUCGUCACCACUGCCCGUGCUGACAAUUACCCGUAUGGUAUCGACUACCCGACCCGUAGACCCACCGGACGUUUCUCUAACGGUCUUAACAUUCCCGACAUUAUCAGUGAGGCUAUAGGCAUGCCGUCCACAUUACCGUACCUUAGCCCGCAACUCACCGGAGAGAAUCUUCUCGUCGGCGCUAAUUUCGCCUCCGCCGGAAUUGGAAUCCUCAACGACACUGGAAUUCAAUUCAUAAACAUAAUUAGGAUCUUCAAACAGUUCGAAUACUUCGAACAGUACCAGCAACGAGUGAGUGCAUUGAUCGGACCAGAAGCUACACAACAGCUGGUUAACCAAGCUCUUGUCUUAAUCACACUCGGUGGUAAUGAUUUCGUCAACAAUUAUUAUCUAAUUCCGUUUUCAGCUCGUUCUCGCCAAUUCGCAUUACCGGACUAUGUUGUGUAUCUCAUUUCCGAAUACGCAAAGAUUCUCAGAAGACUCUAUGAACUGGGUGCAAGACGAGUUUUAGUAACUGGAACUGGUGCGAUGGGAUGUGCACCCGCGGAACUGGCUCAGCAUAGCCGAAAUGGCGAGUGCUAUGGCGCCCUCCAAACAGCAGCCGCUUUGUUCAAUCCUCGAUUAGUUGAUUUGAUCGCAUCAGUCAAUGCUGAAAUUGGUCAAGACGUUUUUGUGGCUGCCAAUUCCUAUCAAAUGAACAUGGAUUAUCUAUCUAAUCCGGAACAAUUCGGGUUUGUGACAUCGAAGGUGGCAUGUUGUGGACAAGGACCAUACAAUGGCAUAGGACUAUGCACGCCAGUCUCGAAUUUGUGUCCUAACAGAGACAUAUAUGCGUUUUGGGAUGCGUUUCACCCGACAGAGAAAGCCAAUAGGAUCAUUGUUAAUCAAAUCCUGACCGGCUCCGCCAAGUAUAUGCACCCUAUGAACCUUAGCACCGCCAUGCUCUUGGAUUCUUCAAGAAUCUAGUUUUAAGUGUGAUUUCUUUCAGGCAAAUGUCAAGGUCAUCCUUUCUUUUGUAGUUUGCAUUGUUGUUGCUGUGUCGAUUAUUAAGUUUGAUGGCAAUAAUUAGUUCAAUUAAGAGAGUUUUUAUUUGUCGUGGAUGUGGUCGGGGAUACCUUUGCUUGUUGUACUCUCUCGGUUAGCUUAGUUUUAGUGCUUUUUGGUGUGUGUCCAAAUUAUCAUGUAAUAUUUUGAGUGAUUGAUAUAUGGUUUUCUUUCCUAGAUGA